CAUUUCAUGAAAUUUACCUCUAUUUGAUCGUGGAACGUAUUUUGGAAACACCCUAUAUAUCGAUGGAGUAACAUGGCGUCUGGCGAAAAUAGUAAUUUUGAGAAAGUUUUGGAAUUUAGGAUUUAUAAGUGCUCUAGUUUUUCAGCUUCCUACGUACCUGAGAAUAUUCUUGUAGAUAAACCGUCGGAUCAAACUUCACGUUGGUCUUCUGAUAUUGACAAUCCUCGCCAGUUUCUUACAUUGAAAUUACAAUGUCCCUCUAUUGUUAAAACUAUUACUUUUGGCAAAUAUGAAAAAACUCAUGUAUGCAAUAUAAAAAAAUUUAAAAUAUAUGGUGGACUGGAACCUGAGAAUAUGAUGGAACUUUUAGAAAGUGGAUUGAAUAAUGAUUCUGUACCAGAAACAUUCGAUUUGAAGCACGUUUUAGGAAAUGAAGGAAAUUAUUUUCCUGUUAGAUAUAUAAAAAUUCUUCCUCUUCAAUCUUGGGGGCCCAGUUUUAAUUUUUCUAUCUGGCACGUACGGUUAAAUGGUAUCAAUGAUUCUAAAAUUGUAGGACCUUCUAUCGAAUGGGUAAAUAUGUAUCGUCAAAAAGAAGUAAUAAGGUUAUGUAUGAAACACUUUCGAAGACUCGAACAACCAGAAGUUGUAGAGACUUUGCAAAGAGUCACAGGAGUUACUUUAGAAGAUCCUCGUUUAUCUAUGUUAUAUGAUUUGUUAGUUACAAAAGGUGAUCAUCUUCAGGCAGAAGGCUUUAUAAGCAAUGCAGUCAUGACUGGACUACUGAAUGACUAUAUCAAUGCUCAGACCUAUAGAGCGGUUUGGACAAAAUUAUCUACAAACGAUCCUAAACCUGGAAUGAGAGGAGGACAUCAAAUGGUCCUGGAUCCAACUGCCGAAAUGCUGUAUCUGUUUGGAGGAUGGGAUGGAAAUCAGGAUCUGUCAGACUUAUGGGUUUAUAACAUAUCUGCUAAUAAAUGGACCCUCAUAUGCAAAGAUACUGAAUCAGUAGGUGGACCUAGUGCUCGAUCAUGUCAUAAAAUGUGUCUUGAUCCAGAAAGACGACAACUCUUUACACUCGGACGAUAUUUGGAUACACAAUAUAGAACACCAGAAAAUCUAAAAAGCGAUUUUUAUGUUUAUGAUAUUGAAUCAAAUAAGUGGACACAAAUAUCAGAAGAUACUGGUGCUGUUGGUGGACCUCAAUUAAUAUUUGAUCAUCAAAUGUCAAUGGAUAUUGAAAAGCGAAUAAUUUAUGUAUUUGGUGGCAGAGUUCUUGUUUCAUCUUCCAAUUCUGAAAAUCAUGCAAUGCCAGCAAAUUCGACAGAACCAAUAUUUUCUGGACUAUAUUCUUAUCAUGUGCCAACUGGUACGUGGAAUCGACUGGCUUGUGAUAUUGCAAGACAGUGUCCUCCAAACGUACCAACUAUUAGAUCACGAGCUGGGCAUUCUAUGUUGUUCCAUUCAGGUUCUCGAAAGUUGUAUAUAUUCGCAGGUAAACGAGGUAAAGAAUAUUUAAGUGACUUUUUUACUUAUGAAGUAGAUACAAACCAAGUAGAACAUAUAAAUUACAAUGACUUUGGAGCAAAAGAUUCUAAUCGUGUUCCUGCAGCUGGUUUUACUCAAAGGGCAACAAUUGAUCGUGACCUUGAUGAAAUAUAUGUUUUGUCGGGUUUAAGUAAAGACAAAGAUGAGAGAGAUGAUAAUGUACAGAAUUCUUUUUGGGUUUAUACCAUUAAAAAUAACAAAUGGUGUUGUAUUUAUCGUAAUGAAAAUUUUGGAGAAAAAUAUUGGAGUAAAAUGCAAGAUUAUGAACCAUGUCCACGAUUUGCACAUCAGUUAGUUUAUGAUCAUAUAAAAAAGGUUCAUUAUUUAUUUGGUGGAAAUCCAGGUCGAUCUUGCCUCCCAAAUUUACGACUUGAUGAUUUUUGGCAAUUAAAAUUAUGUAGACCAUCUCAUGAGCAGAUAUUAAAAAAAUGUAAAUUAAUUAUUAGAAAACAUAAAUUUGAAGAACUUGCUUUGAAUAAUAGUAUUGAAGCAUUAGAGUAUUUACAAACAAAAGUGUCAGAAAUUAUUGAUCAUGAUGAUACAGAGCAAACAAAAGAGUUUCAAUUGUUGACAUCUAUACUAUUUCGAGAACAAACAAGGUCACUGGACGAAGCUGCAGGUUCUAAUACAGCUUCUAGCACUGUUUUAGGUAACUUUCUAGGUAUGAAUACAGAUCAAUGUAUAACAGUACGCAACGUUCACACUUUGAGAAUUGAGUUAUAUGACAAACUCGCAGAAUUUUUUCCUGAAUCACUUACACAACCACGCGUUAAUUUAAUUGAUCUUUUGCCAUUAUGAUGCAAUAGAUAUUAAACAAAAAAUCAAGUAUGUUGACACUGAUUAUAUCCAGUAUGAAUUGUUAAAUAAUAUAAAGCAAAAUCAG